CUGCAGUUUGGGAAUGAGGUCAGGGUGAGACAGCCAAGCCAGGAGGAAAGUGAUGAUGGCGCUGCUGGGGAAGCUCUCCGACGGGCCACCCAACCACUCCAGGCCUGACCAGUGGCACUUGGUUUUCUCUCAAAAAGAGGAAGUCAUCACCAGUUUAGUAUCUGCCUUAGAUUCCAUGUGUUCGGCACUGUCUAAACUCAACGCGGAAGUUGCGUGCAUCGCUGUCCACGAUGAAAACACUUUUGUCGUUGGCUCGGAGAAGGGGAGGCUGUUCAUGAACACGAGAAAGGAGGUCCAAGCAGAUUUCAAGAAAUUUUGCAGAAUCCAACAGAGGAAAGAACAAGAUCUGGAUGGCCACAGGAAGGUCAAGGAUUUUGGCCGAACCAUUCCGCGGAUCGCCUCGGAUCCGGGAUCAGACGUUUACCUCCUCAGGAAGAUGGUGGAGGAAGUCUUCGAUGUGCUUUAUAGUAAGCCACUGAUGCCGCCUGAGGACCCCCUCAGGGAGCCAAACCCGACGGCCGAGGGGACCUCUUCUGCCUUGACGUCCAAGGGGAGUCGAGAGCCGGGCCUUAACAACGUGCACCCGAAACUGGCCAACCAAGACAUCGCUUCCGGGGUCGCCCCCAACAGCUUCCUGUACGGCCUGUCAGUGCCCACGCAGAUCGCCAUGGAGAUCAAGCAAGAGGGUCAUAUCGGCCGGCAUGGGAUGAGCGUGGUCGGCGAGAUGCUGCGGUCCCGGCCAUCAGGAGAAGCGAAGGUGCCUUCGCCACAGGAGUUUGGUGACUGCUGUGGACAGAAACCCACCAUCCCGGGCGGUCCGCUCAUCCAGAAUGUCCAUUCCUCCAAGCGAAUCCUUUUUUCUAUCGUCCAUGACAAAUCAGAUAAAUGGGACAGCUUUAUAAAAGAGACGGAGGACAUCAACACUCUGAGAGAAUGUGUGCAAAUUCUGUUUAACAGCAGAUAUGCUGAAGCCCUGGGCCUGGAUCAUAUGGUCCCCGUCCCGUAUCGGAAGAUUGCUUGCGAUCCGGACGCCGUUGAAAUCAUUGGCAUCCCGGACAAAAUCCCCUUCAAGCGGCCGUGCACGUACGGAGUGCCCAAGCUGAAACGGAUUUUGGAAGAGAGACACAACAUCCAUUUUGUCAUCAAAAGGAUGUUCGACGAAAGGAUUUUCACAGGAAGUAAAUUCACCAAAGACACCCCCAAGGUUGAGCCCUCCAGCCCGUCCGGGGAAAUUUCUCCCGAACCGCACCAAAUGGCCUUCCUGGAUCUGGCUGGGACUUCGCAAUCAGAUCAUCGGUCUGAAAAAAACUCUGCCUCUGGAGACUGUGAACCAGGAACCUCCGGAGAGCUGGGAGGGAUUAAACGCAUCAAAAUAGAACCCGAUGAAGUGGACAUCAUCCAGAUCACAGUCCCAGAUAGAUCGCCAGGUCCCGGUGAAGCCCAUGACGUGUCGGCCCAUCGUGGGACGCCAGAUGAUUCCAGUUACACAUGCGACAAGCUAACAGACAAAGGGCCCGGCAAUGAUUUGCAACAUGGUGAAAAGCAGAUGGAGAGUAAAGAUAGCGUAGGAGAUGUUUUAAGCCACUUGAGGAAGCAAGUUGAGAUUUUGUUCAACGCACGAUAUGCUAAAGCCAUAGGAAUUUCAGAACCUGUCAAAGUCCCCUAUUCCAAAUUCUUGAUGUACCCGGAAGACCUCUUUGUGGUGGGCUUGCCGGAUGGAAUCCUGCUCCGGCGACCGAACUGCUUCGGGAUUGCAAAGCUAAAGAAAAUCCUCCAGGCGAGCAGCAGUAUCCGGUUUGUGAUCAAGAGGCCAGAACUUCUCGCAGAAGGAGUGAAGGAGACAACCUCGGAGAGCUCCGGAGCAAUUGCUGACGAGAGAGACCCCGGUGAGCGUCUUGUGGAGGAGUCUUUAAAAAGACCAGGAUUUCAAGAAAACUAUGAUACCCGGCUUUCGAGAAUAGAUAUUGCAAACACGCUGAGGGAACAGGUUCAGGACCUGUUCAAUAAGAAGUAUGGCGAGGCCCUGGGCAUCAAAUACCCGGUCCAAGUACCAUACAAACGGAUCAAAAGCAAUCCCGGCUCAGUGAUUAUAGAAGGGUUGCCGCCAGGAAUCCCUUUCCGGAAACCCUGCACAUUCGGCUCCCAGAAUCUGGAGAGGAUAUUAGCCGUGGCGGACAAGAUCAAGUUCACGGUAACAAGGCCGUUCCAGGGACUCAUCCCUAAACCUGAUGAGGACGAUGCCAACCGGUUGGGCGAGAAGGUGAUUCUCCGAGAACAAGUGAAAGAACUGUUCAAUGAAAAAUAUGGUGAGUUUUCUCUGUCUGACCCAGUGUCUGUAUCUUAUGGGUGGAUGCAUGUCUGUCCAUCACAUUUGUUUCCCACCGGCCUGCCGGACGACAUCCCGUUCCGGAAUCCGAACACCUACGACAUCCACCGGCUGGAGAAGAUCCUCAAAGCGCGGGACCGUAUCCAGAUGGCGGUGACGAGCCAGUUCCAGCCUUUUGCGGAUCCCGGGGCGGAGGCCAGACAGCCAGAAAACGACGUCGCAGUCCCCAAAAGGAAGCGGAAGAGGAUCUCAGAAGGGAAUUCGGUCUCUUCCUCUUCGUCGUCAUCAUCCUCUUCCUCCUCAAAUCUGGAGUCCACUUCGUCAACCAAUCAGAUCUCACUUGUGCAAUGGCCCAUGUACAUGUUGGACUACGGCGGUCUCAACGUUCAAAUCCCGGGACCUAUGAAUUAUUGAGACCUCACUUUCGGAAUCAGAACCUCAGACAAACAAAACACCGCUAAUGAUGUGUAAUUUUUUUUGUAAAAAGUGUAUAUUCCAAUAUGUAUCGAUGCCUUUUAGUUUUUCCAAUGAUUUUUACACUAUAUUCCUGCCAUCAGGGCCUUUUUGAAUAAAAAAAAAUUAAGGAAAUGUUGCCUUGCUCUG